CGACAUCGCUGUGAAGACCUCGUCCUCGUUUGACUGAGCGUCUGAGGUGCCAUAAUUCUAGAGCCAGUCAUAAUUCAUGUCGAUGCUGGGUCCAGAGACAGUGGACAUCUUCUCCUUCGUAUUGUCCGCCCUUUCGAAAGGACUGGACCGCUGCAAAUUCUACGUAUAUCUCGCCCUUACUCGUGCGACGCCACAGCCGCACAUCCGCAAUUUCCGAUUCGGCAUCCCACUGAUCAUGAAGACGUCUAAAUGGGGUAGAUCUUACAGCACAGAGGCAGACGCCCUUCAGUUUCUCAAUUCUGCAUGCUCAACACUCCCAAUUCCUCGCCUCGUUGACUCAAUCCGGGUCGGCGAGAGUCAGUACACGAUCAUGACGAAACUCCCCGGUAGACUGCUCUACUUCGCGUGGCGUGACGGCGAGAUAGAUCAAGCACGUAUGCGUGCCAUAUGUCUCGAGGUGGCGUCUGUAAUGCAUCAACUGUGGGCUGUCCCUCAGUCUCCAGCGGAUGCCGGCAGAGUGAUGCUGAGUGCGUCUGGCGAUGGGCUCCCUGAUCCUCGAUUCUUCCACGAGGACUGCUCUGGACCGUACGAUUCCAUCCUCGAAUGCUAUCAGAACAUUUCUUCCUGCCAGUCUAUGGAGGAAUUCGAGGAGAACUCGGUAGACUCUGACAGACAGAGCCUCGCCGCAGACCGCAUCGUUUGGGUUCACCCUGACUUGCGCAUGUACAACGUGCUCGUCGAUCGGGACCAUCGCCUGUCCGGAAUAAUCGACUGGGAGGACUCAGGAUGGUAUCCAAUGCAAUGGCAACUAUGGUCACUGAAGUGUCGCCCUGUACAAGGCGGAAGCGGGCAGUGGUUUACGUUCUGGAGAAAAUACGAAUUUCCUGUUGAGGCCGAAAGAGCCUACGAGGCCUCACAGAAAGUUCUCCUCUAUCCGCUUGUCCCAUAGGAAUAAUGAUCCCUUAUACGGCUGCGUCUUCUACGGUUAUGCACUUGGAAGUCAUGUGUUGCAUCGGAGUCUGUACUGUGUGCCCUGACGGUUGAAGCUGCUGGAUCUUGCUGGAUGUAGGUGGCUGACUCAUACUCAUGGCAUCCGGAUAUAUCGAUGGCGCUAUACUCAUCUGUAUAUGAUUGUUUCAGCAAACGAC